AUGGAGGAGACUGUGGGAGACACAGAAAGUAAGCAUCGUAGACGUGGAGGGGACCUGAAAUCAAGGAGCACUGAGCUAGGAUCCGCUGUUACAGGACCACCUUUGACUGCUGUUCUUCCGACGACUGGUAAGAAAAGUAUAGUACUUUCCAGUGAAACUAGGAAAGAACUUGCCAAGCAAGCCAAAGUCACCAAAGAGGAGAGAAGAGCUCAGAUAGAUGAAAGACAUAAGUAUUUGAUAUCAAGAUUAGCAGAUGGGAUAGGCUUAAGUGAGCAGCAAGUGGAGGAGGCCAUUAUUUCUGAUGGCAAGUUCCAACUUAUAGAACAAUUCUUUGCCCCUAGUGGACUUAAAAAGUUGCUCUUCUUUUACCAAGAUGUAUUGCAGCAAAAACCGAAUGCCUCAUUGAGGUCAGAUGCGUCAACGAACAGUUUGCUUCAGAAGAAGUUAUUUAUUACCACGGGUUCUACUGAGAACUUUACAGGAACUUGUGCAUUUUUCCUAAGGACAUCAGAUAAAGUUAUAACUGCAUCAAAUGUUUCUCAGGAGGUGAAUUUUGGCGUAUUUGAUUGUACUAAUGGAAAUAUCCUUCAGGGCUUGGAAUUUUUUUUGUCCCAAAUCAUGAUACCAGCACUUAAAUCCCAACAGAACUGGGGAGCUGUGAAAGAAGGGUUGAAGAACAGCCAGAUACAAGACUUUCUGUAUUCAGUGGAUAAAUUUGUGGGUACUUUGUCAUCAUCAAGACAGAAUAUAGAAGACAAAAUUCAGCUCAUAAAAGUGGAUAUUGAUGUUUAUGUCAGCAACUUACAGAACCCAUCUGACUACAUAACUGCAGCCAGUAACACAGAGGUCACUGAGAAACUUGAAGAAGCGGUCAUGAUUUGGAUCAAACAGAUCAGACAAGUUUUAGUGGAGAGUGAACAAAUGAGAAGAGAAGCUGAUGACAUUGGUCCAGCUGCAGAGCUGGAACACUGGAAGACAAGAAUGUCAUCUUUUAACAGCCUUUUAGAUGAGAUCAAGAGUUCAAGAGUAAAGAAAAUCAUAAGUAUUCUUCAGGCAGCAAGAUCAAAGACAUUAAAGCAGUGGAAAGAGCUGGAUGGUAAUAUAACCAUUGCUGCCAAUGAAGCUAAAGACAAUGUGAGAUAUUUAUAUACAUUGGAUAAAUUUUUUGGACCACUUGCCAAAGCUUCACCUGUAACAAUGAUGGAACACGUACCCAGUUUAAUGCAUACUGUCUGUAUGAUCUACUGCACAUCACCAUACUACAACACAUCAGAGCGCAUGACAUCUCUUCUUCUUAAAAUCACUAAUCAAAUGAUUAACACAUGCAAGACGUAUCUACGUGAAGGUGUCUCAAAAAUCUGGGAUCUGGACAGGCAAGAAUUGCUAAGGAGGAUACAGCAAUGUAUUUCCCUCAAAGAACAGUAUCAAACAUCCUUUCAGAGAAUUAGGGAGUCACUAAAGGAAAAUCCAAGUGACAGGCAAUUUGAUUUCAGUGAAAACUAUAUAUUUGGAAAAUUUGAUACUUUCUGUAAACGCUUGGAGAAGAUUUCAGACAUGAGCAAUGUUAUGGAAAACCUUUUAGAACUCCAGCGUAUAAAAAUCGAAGGUAUUGAAGAGAUCAGUACUCAUUACCAGAGCAUUGCUACAAACACCAAAUCCAAACAGUAUGAUGUUCUGGAUCACAAAAAAAAAGAGUUUGAAAAAGAUUACCUUGAAUUUAAGAACCAAAUUGCAGCAUUGUAUGAGUCCAUACAAGGAUAUGUGGAUUCCUGGUUUGAGAAGACUGUAACUACUGAACAGAUGCUGGGACUUCUGAUGAAGCUUGAACAAAUAGGAGAAAAUCAUUUUGAUCUUGAUGAGAAGUAUACCAUUGUCCUUCAGCGAUACAGCCAAGACUUAGAGUUUGUUCGAGAACUCUACCAGAAGCAAAAAGAAAAUCCACCUAUACCACGUAAUAUACCUCCAGUAACAGGGAAGAUUAUGUGGGCUCAGCAGUUAUACAGAAAAAUUGACCAUCCAAUGACAUUCCUUAAAAAGAAAACCGCACUUUUGAAGACACUGGAAAUGAAAAAGGUUAUUAAAAGCUACAAUAAAAUGGCUGCAGUUCUUUUGGAAUUUGAACUUAUUUAUCAUAGAGCCUGGUGCGGGUUUGCUGACCAGGCCAGAAAUGCUCUGUAUGCUUCCUUACUUGUCAGGCACCCAGAAACCAAGGAAUUACUUGUAAACUUGGAUCCAGUGGUCCUGGAAGUACUUUAUGAAACAAAGUACCUGAAAAAAAUGUAUUUUGAAGUUCCAGAUGUCAUCCUUGGCUUGUGUGCAGAUGAAGAACAGAUUAAAAGACAUCAGAAAGAACUACAGAAUCUGUUGAUCAAUUACAAAGAGCGUCUGGAUGGGAUUCCUGUUAUGCUGAAACCACUGAUGAAACCAUUCAUAGGACAAGUUGAGGAUGCCCUCACUCCGGGCCUGAUGCAGCUGUCGUGGACUUCUUUGAACAUCAAUAAAUUUAUUAGGAAUGUUUAUAGUACCCUGAGGGAGUUGGACUAUGUAGUCAAAGAAGCAUCUGAUACCCUGGAAUGCAGAAUUGGAAGAAUUCUGGAGGAUAUGUCAAACACUGCUCUGAUGAUUUUGCCAGAAGAUGAACCUAUAGAUGUGCUUUCUUUCCUGGAACAGACAGAAAAGCUUGCUAUGUCUACUGCUCACAAAUUGUCUCAACAGAGUCAGCAAGUGGAAUGCUCCGUGUAUGAACUGGUGGAUAGUCUUAAGCACAGGCUGAAAGCAGAUGAUGGAAGAACUCUGGAGGAUUCAUAUGCCUGUACACAUCUUGACAUGAAACAGAAAACACGCUGCCAAGAAUGCCUGUCCUGUAGUUACUAUAAUUUGAUCGGACAGCUUUGUCAGAAGAAUACUGACUCUUUAGUCAGAUGUACAAAGAAUUCUUUAGAGUCCUUAAGACAUCGACUGCGCGUUGUUGACUCCAGGUAUCAGAUGACCAAGUUUUUAGAGACACAGAGGCUUCCUUUGUUCAAAGCUGAAAUUCAGCUGGCUAUUCCAAAUGUUGUCUUGAGACCAAGUCUUGAAGAUAUUCAGAGUGCUGUAAACAAAGCAGUAAAUAUCAUAUUAUCAGUAACCAAAGAUAUCCCCCUGUGGAAAUUUGCUUACUUACAUCAUAAACAGCAGCAGAUUGAACAAGCUAUUGCUGUAGAGCUUGGUGAUGAGAGCAAACUCAUGAGGAUGGUGGCACUGAAACCUUUAGACAAACAGAUCAUUGAACAUAAGGAUGUAAACAAAGUCGUGAUCCAACUAAAUACAGUUAUUUUAUCGCUCAGAACUGAAGCAUCGGAUCUUCUGAACAGCUUUUCUGAAUUUUCAGGCAUCUGGAACAAGAGAGGGAUCAUUUAUAUUUGCACAGUAGAUCAGGCAGCUGAUAUAAUUUUAUAUGUAUAUAUAAAAUAUAAACCCUCAAUUAGAAACACAAAUCAGAGAACUGCCAAAUCACUGUGUACUGGAAUCAGUGGACAUUGCAACAGAGUCAUUGAAAAUAGCCUUGCCACAGACAUGGAUGAAAUUUAUUCAUUCAUUGAAAAUAUUACCAAGCGAUUAAGCAGACCUAUUCAUGACCUUGAUGAUGUACGGGAAGCAAUGGAAACACUAAAGGAAAUUCGAGAGAAUGAGAUUAAAAUUGACAUGAUAGUUGGACCUAUAGAAGAAUCUUACUCUGUGCUUCAUAAAUACAAUCUGCUCUUUCAAGAUGGAAAUACAGAAAGAGUUGAUGGAUUGGCUUAUGCCUGGAAGAACCUAAAUACACAGGCACUGCAGGUUGAGGACUUGCUGCUGAAGGUACAGCCAGACAUGAAAACAGAUUUACUGAGUGGUGUUCAAAAAUUCCAGACUGAUGCUGUGGAAUUUUACAAAGAUUAUGAUGAAAAGGGCCCUGGUGAGGGGAAUGUUCCUCCCCAUGAAGCAAGUGACAGAUUACAGAUCUUUCAAGCCAAAUUUGAUGAACUAUGGAGGAAGUAUAUCUUUCUUUCUGGUGGGGAAGAAUUAUUUGGUCUUCCUAUCACAGAGUAUCCUGAACUGCACAGAAUUAAACGUGAGCUUUCAUUGCUUCAGAAACUUUACAGUCUUUAUAAUUCAGUUACUGCUAGUAUCGAUGGAUACAAUGAAAUGCUUUGGAAUGAUCUAAAUAUUGAAAAAAUUAACAAUGAACUUCUGGAUUUUCAAAACAGGGUCCAUAAGUUACCAAAAGCAUUGAAGGAAUGGCAAGCUUUUCAAGACCUGAAAAGAAAAAUUGAUGACUUCACAGAGAGCUGUCCUUUGCUUGAAAUGAUGGCAAACAAAGCAAUGACGUCACGACACUGGGAAAGAAUUGCACAAGUAACUGGGCAUCACUUUCAUGUUGACUCUGAAAAUUUUGCUUUGAAAAACAUAAUGGAUACCUCUUUAUUAAAGUAUAAAGAAGAUAUUGAGGAUAUCUGCAUCAGUGCUGUUAAAGAAAAGGAUAUUGAAGCAAAAUUGAAGCAUGUCAUCAGUGAAUGGAGUACUCAUGCUUUCAGUUUUGGCCAAUUCAAAACUCGAGGAGAACUCCUUCUGAAAGGAUCAGAUAUAUUGGAGAAAAUAGCUUUGGUGGAAGACAGCCUCAUGAUAUUGGGAUCGCUCAUGAGCAACAGGUAUAAUGCACCAUUUAAAUCCACUAUACAACAGUGGGUUCAGAAGUUGACCAAUACUGCAGAGAUAAUUGAAAACUGGAUUACUGUACAAAACCUCUGGAUUUACCUUGAAGCUGUGUUUGUUGGUGGAGACAUUGCAAAACAACUACCUCAGGAAGCCAGAAGAUUUCAGAACAUUGAUAAAUCAUGGCAGAGAAUUAUGCAGAGAGCUCAUGAAACAUCAAACAUUGUGCAGUGCUGUGUUGGAGAUGAAACUUUGGCACAGCUAUUACCACAUUUGCUGGAGCAAUUGGAAAUCUGUCAGAAAUCACUGACCGGGUAUUUGGAAAAAAAACGGUUAAUAUUUCCAAGAUUUUUUUUUGUAUCUGAUCCUGUUCUUCUGGAAAUCCUUGGUCAAGCAUCUGAUUCCCACACUAUCCAGGCGCAUUUAUUAAGUUUGUUUGACAAUGUUAACCGAGUGGGAUUUCAUGAAAAAAACUACGACCAGAUUUUAUUGUUUGAAUCUCAAGAAGGAGAACAGGUCAAUAUUAUUGAACCAGUUUCAGCUCAGGGUAAUGUGGAAUUCUGGUUAGGUCAGCUGCUGAAUGGGAUUAGGAAAACAAUCCACACCAUCAUUAGACAAGCAUCAAUGGCCAUUAGCGAUUCAGGAUUUAAGCUGUAUGACUUUCAGACAAUGUUUCCUGCACAAAUAGGACUUCUGGGAAUUCAAAUGAUCUGGACCAGAGAUGCAGAGAAUGCAUUGAACAGUACCAAAACAGACAAAAAGGUAAUGCACACAACAAAUCAGAAGUUUUUGGAACUUUUAAAUGAUUUGAUUGACAUGACAACACACAAUCUGACAAGAAUGGAGCGCACAAAGUAUGAAACUUUAAUCACCAUUCAUGUGCACCAGAAGGAUAUCUUUGAAGACUUGGUCCGUAUGAACAUUAAAUCUCCGUCUGAUUUUGAAUGGCAAAAACAGUCUCGAUUUUAUUUUCUUGAAGACUUGGAUAAAUGCAUUAUCCAAAUCACUGAUGUAGAGUUCACCUAUUGCAAUGAAUACUUAGGGUGUACAGACAGACUUGUUAUAACUCCCUUAACUGACAGGUGUUACAUCACCCUGGCACAGGCCCUGGGCAUGAGUAUGGGUGGUGCACCCGCAGGACCUGCAGGGACAGGGAAAACAGAGACAACUAAAGACAUGGGCAAAUGCCUGGGGAAGUAUGUUGUUGUUUUCAAUUGUUCAGACCAAAUGGACUACAGAGGACUUGGCCGUAUCUAUAAAGGUUUAGCCCAGUCAGGUGCAUGGGGUUGCUUUGAUGAAUUUAACCGCAUUGAACUUCCAGUUUUAUCAGUAGCUGCUCAGCAGAUAUAUAUUGUACUUCAGUGUAAGAAAAAUAAGAAACCUCAGUUCAUUUUCACUGACGGUGAUGUUGUUGACAUGGACAGAGAAUUUGGUAUAUUUCUGACUAUGAACCCUGGCUAUGCAGGACGACAGGAACUUCCAGAAAAUCUGAAGAUUCAGUUUCGCACAGUUGCUAUGAUGGUGCCUGACCGUAGCAUUAUUAUGCGAGUCAAGCUGGCAAGUGCUGGUUUCCGAGACAACCAAGUCCUUAGUCGAAAAUUCUAUACACUCUACAAACUCUGUGAAGAGCAGUUAUCUAAACAGGUUCACUAUGACUUUGGGCUUAGAAAUAUCCUGUCUGUUUUAAGAACACUUGGAGCAGUGAAAAGAUCUAAUCCCAAAGAGCCAGAGAAAACCGUAGUGAUGAGAGUUCUGCGAGACAUGAACCUCUCCAAACUGGUGGAUGAAGAUGAACCUUUAUUUAUGAGUCUCAUUAAUGACCUAUUCCCUGGAAUUACUCUGGAUAAAGCUGGGUAUCCUGAACUACAGUCAGCCAUUCAGAAACAGGCAGAGAAAGCAGGGCUUAUUCAUCAUCCACCAUGGAUACUUAAACUCAUUCAGCUGUAUGAAACUCAACGAGUCCGACAUGGUAUGAUGACUCUAGGUCCAACUGGUGCAGGAAAGACAAAAUGCAUUAAUAUUUUGAUGAAAGCAAUGACAGAUUGUGGUGCUCCUCAUAAAGAGAUGAGAAUGAACCCAAAGGCAAUCACAGCUUCCCAGAUGUUUGGUACCCUUGAUGUUGCUACAAAUGACUGGACAGAUGGUAUUUUCUCUACAUUAUGGAGAAAAACUUUAAAAGCAAAGAAGGGUGAGCAUAUCUGGAUAGUUUUGGAUGGACCUGUUGAUGCAAUAUGGAUUGAAAAUCUGAAUUCUGUUCUGGAUGAUAAUAAGACCCUUACUUUAGCAAAUGGAGAUCGUAUUCCAAUGUCCCCGAGUUGCAAAAUUAUUUUUGAACCUCACAACAUUGACAAUGCUUCCCCUGCAACAGUUUCUCGUAAUGGGAUGGUCUUCAUGAGUUCUUCAGUGUUAGAUUGGAAGCCUAUUUUAAGAGCUUGGCUGCAAACGCUACCUGUUACCUACUCUGAAGUCCUAUGGAAUUGCUUUAAUGCUGUAUUUCAGGAUGUGAUAGAUUUUGUUUUCUCUGCUGUGACACCAAAAAUGCCAAUUUUAGAAUGUAUGUACAUCAAACAAGCUAUUGACCUCCUACAGGGUUUAUUGUCCGACCAAUAUGAGAAGCAGCUCAGCGAGGAACAUAUUGCUCGCUUGUUCGUUUUUGCUGUAAUGUGGUCAGCCGGAGCUCUUUUGGAACCGGAUGACAGGCUGAAAAUGGAGCUGUUCUUACGGAAGCACUCUGCAGUGAAAGAACUUCCAGCUGUGAAUGGAGAAGAAACCAUGUUUGAAUUUGGUAUCAAUGCCUGUGGCCAGUGGGAGCACUGGUCAAAGAAGGUCCCUGAAUAUAUUUACCCUAAAGAUUUGGUACCAGAAUAUACUUCCAUUCUAGUUCCAAAUGUAGACAGUGUCCGAACAGACUUUCUGAUGGACACUAUCAUGAGGCAAGGAAAAGCCGUCCUGCUAAUUGGGGAACAGGGAACAGCAAAAACAGUUAUGAUUAAGGAUUACACAAGCAAGUAUGAUCCUGAUGCUCACUUGACCAAAUGCCUAAACUUUUCUUCUGCAACUCUGCCAAAUAUGUUCCAGAGGAGCAUAGAAAGUUACAUAGAUAAAAGAAUGGGCACUACAUAUGGUCCUCCGGCAGGGAAGAAAAUGACUGUCUUUAUUGAUGACAUCAACAUGCCUGUGAUUAAUGAAUGGGGUGAUCAGAUCACCAAUGAGAUUGUAAGACAGCUGAUGGAACAGAAAGGUUUCUACAAUUUGGAGAAGCCAGGAGAAUUCACAAAUGUGGUUGACAUCCAGUUUGUAGCUGCUAUGAUUCACCCUGGGGGAGGUCGGAAUGACAUCCCACAGCGCCUGAAACGCCAGUUUACCAUCUACAACUGCACACUGCCUUCCAGUUCUUCUAUUGACAAAAUAUUUCAAACAAUAGCUGAAGGCUAUUUCUGUGAACAACGAGGAUUCUCUGCAGAAAUAUGUAAACUGGCUUCAGCACUAGUAUCUACAGCUCGAAAGGUUUGGCAGACAACAAAAGCAAAGAUGUUGCCAACUCCAGCUAAAUUUCAUUACAUCUUUAAUUUACGAGACCUCAGUCGUAUUUGGCAAGGAAUACUUACAGUUACUUCUGAAGUCUGCCAGAGCAUCAGUGUUUUGGUAGCCUUGUUCCAGCAUGAAUGCAGACGUGUUAUUGCAGACAGGUUCAUCAGCCAAAGUGAUAAAGACUGGUUUGAAGAUAUGAUGAAAAAGAUUGCUUCUGCAGAGCAUAGUCAAAACCUGUUUGAAGAUAAAUCCACAGAAUUAUACUUUGUGGAUUUCUUGCGUGAUGUCCCAGAAGCUACUGGAGAUGAACCUGAUGAUGCAGAGUUGAAGGCUCCUAAAAUUUAUGAGCCUAUCCCAUCUUUGGAUUAUUUGGCUGAAAGAUUACAGAUGUUCAUGCAACAGUACAAUGAAACCAUCAGAGGAUCAAAGAUGGAUUUAGAUGCAAUCAUACAUUUGAUUAAAAUAUCACGGAUUAUUCGUACUCCACAAGGAAAUGCAUUGUUGGUGGGUGUGGGUGGAUCUGGAAAACAGAGUCUGACCAGACUAGCAUCAUAUAUUGCUGGAUAUGAGAGCUUUCAGAUUACUUUAACAAGAACAUAUGCCACCAAUAACCUUUUGGAUGAUCUGAAAAUCUUGUACCGCACUGCUGGGCAAAAAGGAAAGGGCAUUGUCUUUAUAUUCACAGACAAUGAAAUCAGAGAUGAAUCAUUUCUUGAGUACAUGAACAAUGUUUUGGCUUCAGGUGAAGUCUCAAAUCUUUUUGCAAGAGAUGAAAUAGGUGAAAUCACACAAGACCUGAUACCAGCAAUGAAGAAGGAGUAUCCAAGGCGUACUCCCACUGGUGAAAAUCUUUAUAAUUACUUUCUUGCUCGAGUUCGUAAUAACUUGCAUGUCAUUCUUUGUUUUUCUCCUGUUGGGGAAAAAUUCAGAACUCGUGCACUCAAAUUUCCAGGUCUGAUUUCAGGCUGUACCAUGGACUGGUUCCAGCGCUGGCCUAAAGAUGCUCUUGUAGCAGUUGCACAGCAUUUUUUAGUUUCCUACCAUAUUGAGUGCACAGAUGAAGUGAAACAGAGUGUCAUUAAUACCAUGGGGACAUUUCAAGAUAUUGUAGCUGAAAAAUGUGUUGAAUACUUUGAACGAUAUAGGCGACGAACAUUUGUGACUCCAAAAUCUUACCUGUCCUUCAUUGGAGGCUACAAAGCUAUUUACAAAGAGAAGUUUGCCAGUGUUGGAAGUUUGUCUGAACGCAUGAGAACAGGUCUUGCAAAGCUGAUGGAAGCUGAGUUUUCAGUAAAUCAGCUCUCCAAAGUGUUGGUGAUGAAGGAGAAAGAUUUGGCUGUAGCUUCAAAAAAAGCUGAUGAAGUUUUAUUGGAAGUAACUAUGAAAGCCCAAGCUGCCGAAAAGGUGAAAAUGCAGGUGCAAAAGGUAAAAGACAAGGCACAGGCCAUUGUGGAUGACAUUGCCAUUGAUAAAGCAGCAGCAGAAGAGAAGCUUGAAGCUGCAAGACCUGCACUGGAAGAAGCCGAGGCAGCCCUGCAGACAAUAAAACCUUCUGACAUUGCAACUGUUCGCAAACUGGGUAAACCUCCUCACUUGAUAAUGCGAAUUAUGGAUUGUGUGCUACUUUUAUUCCAAAGAAAAAUAGACUCAGUAACACCUGAUCAAGAACGCCCAUGUGUGAAGCCAUCAUGGAGUGAGGCUCUGAAGCUAAUGAAUAAUUCAGGAUUUCUUAGCAUGUUGCUUACUUUCCAGAAGGACUCAAUUACAGGAGAAACUGUGGAGCUUUUAGAGCCUUACUUGGAUAUGGAGGAUUAUAAUCUUGAGACUGCUAAAAAAGUGUGUGGAAACGUAGCAGGUCUUUGCUCAUGGACACAAGCAAUGGCUUACUUCUAUGGUAUUAAUAGAGAAGUUCUUCCUCUUAAGGCAAAUUUAGCCUUGCAAGAGGGAAGACUUGCAGCUGCCCAAAUGGAACUGAACAAUGCACAAAUUCAGCUGGAUGAGAAACAAAUGGAACUGGAUCAAGUACAAGCCAUGUAUGACACUGCUAUGAAAGAGAAGCAGGCCCUACUUGAUGAUGCUGAGGCAUGCAGAAGGAAGAUGAACAAUGCCACAGCUCUGAUCGAAGGAUUAGAUGGAGAAAAGCUUCGUUGGACAGCAAGCAGCAAAAACUUUCAAAAUCAAAUUAUUGAUUUAGUAGGGAAUGUUCUUCUGGCCACUGGAUUUCUCUCUUACUCUGGACCUUUCAAUCAGGAGUACAGGAAUUUGCUGCUCCAAAUGUGGAAGAAAGAGAUGGACAACAGCAAGAUUCCAUACAGUAAUGUUAAAGUGGGUGACAAGGAGGUAGAUCUGAUGAAGGGGUUUACCCUUUAUAUGACAACAAAAUUGGCUAAUCCUGCCUACACUCCAGAAGUUAGUGCAAGAACAACUGUGAUUGACUUUACUGUUACUAUGAAAGGGCUGGAAGAUCAGCUCCUUGGCCGUGUCAUCCUCACAGAAAAACAGGAGCUGGAGGCAGAAAGAGUCAAACUGAUGGAAGAAGUAACGUCUAACAAGAGGAAAAUGCAGGAGCUUGAAGAUAAUCUACUCUUCCGUCUAACCAGUACGGAGGGCUCUUUGGUUGAAGAUGAGUCUCUGAUAGAAGUCCUAAGAAUCACUAAAACAACAGCAGAAGAGGUCAGUGAAAAAUUAAACACAGCAGCGGAGACAGAGGUGAAAAUCAAUACUGCACGUGAAGAGUAUCGGCCCGUUGCUUGUCGUGGUAGCAUCCUUUAUUUCCUAAUUGUGGAAAUGAGCUUGGUCAAUGUCAUGUACCAAACAUCCUUACGGCAGUUCCUUGGCAUUUUUGACCUAUCAGUGGAAAGAUCUCAGAAAUCUCAGAUCACAGCAAAAAGAGUAGCAUAUGUAAUUGAGCAUCUCACCUAUGAAGUCUUCAAGUACGCAGUUCGAGGGCUGUAUGAAAAUCACAGAUUCCUGUUUACUUUGCUUCUGGCACUGAAGAUUGACUUGCAGGCCAAGAAAGUUUCACACACUGAGUUUGAGACACUGAUCAAAGGAGGUGCCAGUUUGGAUCUGAAUUCUGUGGAACCAAAACCAAAAAAGUGGAUCCUUGACACUACAUGGCUCAAUCUUGUGCAGUUAUCUAGCUUGUACCCUUUUAAUCAACUUCUGGUGCAAGUUGUUAGGAAUGAGAAGUCUUGGAAAGCUUGGUUUGAUGAAGAAGCACCUGAAAAAGCUGUCAUUCCUGAUGGGUAUGACAGCUUACUGGAUCAAUUCCGUAAACUGCUCCUUGUCCGUAGCUGGUGCCCUGAUCACACCGUUGCCCAAGCUCGACACUACAUUGCAGAAUCUCUUGGAGGGAAAUAUGCAGAAGGAUUUAUUCUUGAAAUGGAAGCAAUGUGGACAGAAAGUGACUGUCGAACACCUUUGACAUGCCUUUUAUCAAUGGGGUCUGACCCCACUGAAAAUAUAGAACGUCUUGCAAAAUCAAAGAACAUUCCCUGUUGUUCCAUUUCAAUGGGUCAGGGCCAGGAAGUCCAUGCAAGGCGCCUGUUAAAUCAGUGCAUACAAGAUGGAGGAUGGCUCCUUCUACAGAACUGCCACCUUGGCUUGGAGUUUCUUAGUGAAUUAAUGGAUGCCAUCACAACAACAGAAGCUAUGAAUGAAGGUUUCAGGACCUGGAUCACUACAGAGGCUCACCCGGAGUUUCCUAUUAAUCUUUUACAGUCCUCUAUCAAAUUUACUAAUGAACCCCCUCAAGGUGUGAAAGCUGGCCUAAAACGAACAUACUCAGCUGUUACUCAGGAUCACCUAGAAGUGAGCAACAUGCCACAGUGGAAACCAUUGCUGUAUGCUGUAGCAUUUCUUCACACAGCUGUUCAGGAAAGACGAAAGUUUGGUCCAUUGGGCUGGAAUAUUCCUUAUGAAUUUAAUCAGGCAGACUUUGCAGCCAGUGUGCAAUUUGUUCAGAAUCAUUUGGAUGAUAUGGACAUUAAACAUGGAGUGAACUGGAGCUGUGUUCGCUAUAUGCUUGGAGAAGUACAGUACGGUGGCCGUGUAACUGAUGACCUUGACAAAGCACUGCUGAAUACAUAUGCAAGAGUGUGGUUUGGAGAGCAUAUGUUUAGUGAAAAAUUUUGUUUCUACAAGGAUUAUGUUAUUCCAAAAGGGAAAACAGUUGAAGACUAUCUCCAGUACAUAGAGCAAUUGCCAGUGAUUGAUACACCUGAGGUAUUUGGACUUCACCCUAAUGCAGAUAUAACUUACCAGACUAACCUGGCUAAUGAGACAUUAAGUACAAUAGUGAGCAUCCAGCCCAAAGACAGCAGCACUGGAGGAGGGGAAACCCGAGAAGCAGUGGUGCAGCGUCUUGCUGAUGAGAUGCUAGAGAAGUUACCUCCAGAUUAUAACCCUCAUGAGGUGAAAGCCCAGCUUCAAAAGAUGGGAUCUAUUCAACCCAUAAACAUAUUUCUCCGUCAAGAAAUUGACCGCAUGCAACAUGUUAUAUCAAGAGUUCGAACUACACUGACUGAUCUCAAAUUGGCUAUUGAUGGAACCAUAAUUAUGUCAGAAGAAUUGCAAGAUGCUUUAGAUAAUAUGUAUGAUGCUCGAAUUCCAAAACUAUGGUUUAGGAUUUCCUGGGAGUCAGCUACUUUAGGAUUUUGGUUUACUGAGCUUCUUGAAAGAAACCAGCAGUUCAGCAGUUGGCUGCAGGACGGCCGACCAAAUCAGUUCUGGAUGACAGGAUUCUUUAAUCCACAGGGAUUCCUAACAGCUAUGAGGCAAGAGACAACUCGCAUGAAUUUAGCAAAAGGGUGGGCACUCGACAGUGUUGUUUUACACAAUGAAGUGACCAAGAUGAUGAAAGAAGAUGUUGUUGGCCCUCCGCCUGCUGACAUUGGUGGGGUUUACAUAUAUGGCCUUUUCCUCGAAGGGGCAGGUUGGGACCGGAGAAACUGUAAGCUGGUUGAGUCAGCACCAAAGGUGCUGUUCACAAGCCUUCCUGUAGUCCACGUGUAUGCUGUUAGCACAACAGCACCACAGGACCCAAAGAAGCAACAAGGAAGCGUGUACUCCUGCCCUGUCUACAAGAAGCCCCGGAGAACGGAUCUGACAUACAUUUUCUCUUUGUCUCUGAAGACAGUGCAGAAUCCUGAUCAUUGGACUUUACGGGGGGUUGCACUGCUCUGCAAUUCAAAAUAA